AAGACAGCCUCCGAUGUCUGGCCAACAAAAUUAAAAGAAAAUAAAAAACCUUGAAAACAAACAAAGAUGGAGCGAAGCAAAUGUUUGGUUUUGAUUGGAGGUGGUGCUCUUUUAGGUUCUCUCUCCACUUUCUUUCUUCUCAAACUCCUUCAAACUCAAAAAAGAGGUUUACGGCAGCAAUGUAACGAGAAUGCGACUGCUGAAUUGAAUGGUGUUGACAGAUGCGCUAUAGCUGGAAAGAAGAGUGGUAAGGUGGUUAGUGAUGAUCUUCUGAAAGACGAGAUUGUUUCUGAACAGCUGACUAGGAACAUUCAGUUUUUUGGCUUUGAAUCACAACAGAAGGUGAGUGCAUCAUAUGUUGUGGUCAUUGGUCUUGGAGGGGUUGGAAGUCAUGCUGCUUCUAUGCUCUUGAGGUCAGGGAUUGGAAAGCUUCUUCUUGUGGACUUUGACCAGGUUUCUCUUUCAUCACUAAAUCGACACGCUGUUGCGACAAGAGCAGAUGUUGGCAUCUCAAAAGCUCAGUGCCUUAAGGAGCAUUUCUCAUCAAUAUUUCCAGAGUGUCAAAUAGAUGCAAAGGUGAUGUUAUAUGACUCAUCAACUGAAGAAGAAAUUCUCUCAGGCCACCCUGACUUUGUUCUUGACUGUAUUGAUAACAUCGAUACGAAGGUGGCACUUCUUGCUGCAUGUGUACGUAGGGGCUUGAAGGUUCUAUCUGCCACUGGGGCUGGUGCUAGAGCUGAUCCAACGAGAAUACGCAUUGCUGAUCUAAGAGAGUCUACUAAUGAUCCAUUGUCUCGAUCGGUAAGACACCGUCUAAGGAAAGAUCAUGGCAUUGAUGGUGGUAUCCCUGUUGUGUUUUCUUUAGAAAAACCCAAAGUUAAACUGCUUCCAUUUAAGGGUUCAAGUGGAGAAGAGGAAAACCCUUCAGACUAUCAGAUUGUUCCAGGUUUUAGGGUCCGUAUCAUACCUGUUCUAGGCACCAUCCCUGCCAUAUUUGGACAAGUCAUGGCCUCCUAUGUUUUGACGGAUUUAGCAGGAUUGCAUGUUCAAACAGAACCUGUAGUAAAUUUUGAUAUGGAUCAUUACCAUAUUCUUCAUCAACGCCUUAUUGAGCAUGAGGAGACAUUGUACGGAACUUCCAUGCAUGUGCAGGUAGACGCUGAAGAAGUAAAGUAUAUUGCUAAAGAAUUAUGGCAUGGAAGAAGUGCUAGAGAGCAGGUUGCGAAAGACGUUGGACGGGCAAUGUGGCGAUCAGUUAAUGAAUUGAUGCUUGUGAGGUGGGACAGUACGAAACCGGCAUCCAUUUCUAAUUUGAUUCUUUUGAAAUUCAACGAGGUGGAUGAGCAUGAGUCACGGACCUUGGAUGAUGUAAAAGAAAAGGAACCAGAGUUUUACAGUAGAGUGAUUGCUGUGUUAAAACGAGCUGAAAAUGACUUUGGAUUAUGACAUUAGAGGACUAUAACUAUUCCACUCGGUGGUGUAGUGUUAUAUGUCUAAUAGGUUGCUUUACUUUUUCUAUUUUUGAUUAUAAUGCAAGAGUCAAUAUCUUCUCAAUAGUAACUAUUCUGUUAAUUUUUUUUGAAAUUCUUGUGAGUUUCUCUAUACCUUGUUAUAACAUUUUCUUGAAAGCAUUAUCUGCAUUGCAUAA